AUGCCUGGCGUGCAGGACGCCGGGUCGCUGGACGCGGCGGUGCAGAGUGCUCUCCAGUCCCUCUACCCGCCCUUCGAAGCCACGGCCCCCACGGUCCUGGGCCAGGUGUUUCGGCUGCUGGAGACCAGCUACCGGGGAGAUGGGCUCCGCUGCCUGCUCCAGUUUCUCAUCCCGGCCAAGCGCCUCUUCGAGCACGUGCGGCAGGCAGCCUGCGCUCCCUACUUUAACUGCAUCUUUCUCCAUGAAGGCUGGCCCUUGUGUCUUCACGAGAAAGUGGUCGUCCACCUCGCGCCGCUCAACCCCCUCCUGCUGCGCCCCGGGGACUUCUACCUGCAAGCGGAGCCCUGCGAGGAGCACUCGGCACGCAUCACCGUCAAACACCUCUCCCACGACCUGCGCACAGUGGAGGAGACGCCCGUCCCCAAGGCCGCCUACGCGCUCCUCUUCACCAACGAGUGGCUGGAGGAGAUCAACGGCGACCGGGCCAGAGCCCCCCUGCACACCUGCCUGGUGGCCACCGAGAACGGCAUUGCCCCGCUGCCGUGGAGCAAGAUUGCCACGCCGGAGUUCAUCGACAAGCCCAAGGCUGGAGCUGACGGCACGCCCGCGGGCGCCCGGCAUGGCCCCGCUCCUGAACCUGCAGCCGAGCCAGCAGCACCCAGUGCGCCCGUGUCCCACGGCACGGCGGACAUCCCAGCGGCCUAUGGCAACGUCGCGGGCACCAUCCUGGGCUGCAAGGUCACCUCUCGGAAGUCGAGCCAGGGAAGGUACCCGGGACUGAUCAAGGUGGACCAGGCUGGGCUGCGGAAGAAGCCGGCCAUGCUGGCCGUGCCCAGCCUCUGUGAGAUCGUCAGCCGGAACCUGGAGGGGGAGUAUGUGGACCUGCUGGAGCUCUCCCAGGAGCAGCUGGACCUCCUGGCCAGGUCCCUGCCGCCCGCCCGCCCGGCGGGGCCGAUGGGGGCCAGGGCGACACUCCCCUGGGCGAACGGGGGGCCAGGGGCAGAUGCCUGGCUCUGCAGCGGGGCGCCGAGCUCGGAGGAGGGUCCCUGCACCCCGUGCCUGGGGAGAAAGCUGAGCCGGGAGCCGGGGCCACAUGGCCCACGGUGCCGCCACCGCGACUCCUACCUGGCCGCGCUACAGAACCCGGUGAGCUUCGGCCCCGGGCUGAUGGCAGCCAUCCUGGAGGAGCCGGACGGCCCCAGCCCCGAGCCACCCCCUGCCACCCCCCAUGAGACCCCUGUGCAUCACGGGAGGGGGGUUAGCAGCCCCACGCUCCUCGCCCGCCAUCCCCGCCGAGCGAGUCCCGGGGUGCAGGUGGAGGCAUUGGCGCGGCAGGGCAGCCCCCGGCUCCCCCCGGGCUCCAGCCACAAGUUCUCCUUCCUGAAGGGCCCGCGACUCGGGGCGGCCCCCGGGGACGAAAGAGCCACCAGCCAGCACGAAGGGGCCUGGAAGAAGAUGUCUGCCAUCUACUCGCCCAGGAUGGGCAGAGCCAAGCCAGCCAGGAAAGGUACGGAUGCGGCAGCCGCUGCCCCUGCAGAGGAACGUCUGGAAAGCACCGGCUGCAAGAACGGUCCCUCCAUGCCUGGCACCGGCACCGCUGGCCGGGAGCCGCCAGCCUGGCAGGACCUGCACACUGGGCUCCUGUGCUCGGGCAUCGUAUGCCUGCCAGGGAGCUCAGACAGGCUGGGCAGGGCCCUCCUCCAGGUGACCACCAGCGGCAGCGCCUGGGGGGCUGCGUGGUGCUCAGCCGCCGAGCUGGCGAGGCUGCUCCUCUACCUCUGCUCCCUCCCCAGGCGAGAAGCGAAGGACGGCGGGCUGACUGUCGUGGUGGAUGCCAGGAAGCAGCCGCCCUCUCCCGUCCUGUUCUCGGCCCUCCGCUCUGUCCAGAGCAUCUCGCCGGGCUGCAUCCAGACCGUGCUGCUGCUGGCCGAGAAGGAGCUGGUCGCCCACCGUGAGAGGCUGCCUGGGGUGCAGGUGGAGACCCUGGCGUCGCUGAAGGCUCUGGGCCGCUACGUCGACAGCUCCCAGCUGACCCAGGAGCUGGACGGUGCCUUCCCCUACUGCCACAGCGAGUGGGUUCAAUUCUUCCAGAAACUGCAUCCCUUCACGGCCAGCCUCAGGCAGGCAUCGGAGCUGCUGCAGAGCUGCAUCCAGGAGCUGCGGAGCGCCGACGCGCUGGCGGGGACGCAGGAUGCGGCCGCGUGCAUCGGGAGGCACCAGGAGCUGAUGCGGAGGGUGCUGAGCAACCCACAGCUGGUGUGCGUGCAGCGCGACGGGGGGGCCGUGCUGGCCAGGCUGCGCAGGGAGGCCACCCGGCUCAGCGCCUCGGCCGACGUCAGGACCAGCAUGGAGUCAGCCGAGGGGCUGUACAGCCAGCUGGAGGAAGAGCUUCACGACCUGGUGUCCCAGUCCAACAGCUGCCUGGAGCGCCUGGAGUUCCUCCAAAAGGUCCGGGAGCUUGAGGCUGAGUUCGGCAAGCUGGGGUGCUGGCUGGACGGGGAGGCAGCGGCGCGGCUGCAGGAGAUGGGUGCCGAGGAGUGGAGCCCCAACAGCUUCCAGGGCUCUGCCGAGCAGUUUAACGAGUUCCUCGUCCUGGCAACAGCUCAGUACCGGCACGGCCUGGCCCUGUGUCAGGAGGCGGCUGAGGUCCGAAACACGGCUUUCCCGGAGGCAGACCCCUUCCAGGUGGCUGCAGCCCUUUUCCGGACGAAGCUGAUGAGCUUCUCCAGGCAGGUGGAGCGGCGGCAGGCUGAGCGGGAGCUGCUGCGGGAGCUCAGCCAGUUCUCCAGCAAGAUCACGGGGCUGAAGCUGGACUGCGGGCAGUGCUCAGGCCGGGUGAAGCACGGGGAGGGCCAGGCACUGCAGUGCCUGCAGAGCUCCUUCCAGAAGCUGUCAGUGGAGUUCGCCCUGGAGAGGCUGCAGGAGAUGAAGGCUCAGGUGCGCAGGAUGCAGAGCAGCCAAGGGCUAGCAGCCUGGACCGAGGCACAGCGCAAGUACCAGGAGACCCGGCAGAUCCUGGAGGAGAUGCUGGCAGAGCUGCAGGAGGCCUGGGGAGCGCAAGCCGAUGGGCAGGGAGACUCCUUCAGCCCCCCCGGCUCAGGGUCUGCAGCCCCUUGCAAGGAAGCCCCAGUCUGCAAAGCAACUGCCAGCCCCGAGCCAGUGGUGUUGGGGAGCCGGGGGGUGGCGGAGCAGCCGGAGCCCAGCACCGGGGGGCUGGCACAGCCCCGGGGACCAGGACAGCCCCAGGCCAGCAGCGUUCCCGGCCCCGUGCUGGGUGCGGAGCCGAGCUCCCCGCAGCCCCGCUGCCAGCAGGGGCCGGAGGGUGACCGUGCCUUUCACCGCCACAUCUCUGCUGAUGCCUCCCUCCCAAAACCCGAGAGCGGAGCCUGCCUGGGAGCUGCAGGACACCUUGUCCAGGAGCGCAGCCAGCCCCUUCAGAGGCAUCCCUUCACCCUGCCUCCCCGGGCGCGUUUUCCAGGUGCUGACCCGUCGUGUCCCACCACUGUGCCCCACGGGACUGUGUCAGCCCCCGGCACGCACGGUCCACCUGCAGAUAAGCGGGCAGAAGCCACCCAGUACUUCCAGGUCUCCAGCCAGAGCAGUUUCUCCUCUGAAGACUCAGACUCUCAGAACUCCACCGAAGAAGCCCCAGCAGCGAGCCUGGCUUUGCCCCGGGACUUCCAGAGUCCCAGACCACCUUGCCCCUCCGAAAAGCCCCCCCAGAUUGUUUACCUGGAGAACCACCACACCGAGAGUCCAGCUAAAGCAAAUGCCAAGUAAAACCAGUCCCUUCCAGUUAGGGGCUGUUUCCGUCCAGUUGUGGAAGUCUCGAUUACCAACUGGACGGAACGUCCCAUGCUCGGAGGUGGGACACUGGGACCCGUUGCCCAACCCUCGGUCCCAGAAUCCUUCAGUUCCCCGUACUUAGCACUCACCCCGCUGUGGAACAGCAGUAACCCCAUCACCAGCCUCACGAGGUUCGUUAACAAUCUAGGUGUGUUGCAAUCCUCGCCUAAAGUGCAUUUAUCCCUACAAGCGCCAGUUUUGCCUCAGGACAGCGGUGAAGGUUCCCGCAGUCAGCAGCCAUGCUCGGAGCAUCCCAUGGGAGAGCAAACCUGUGCCGAGGUGUUUCUGCCCGCCGGCCUUGCCGCGCUCCCCCCUCUGCCGGGCGGUUUUACCGACCCCUGCGCUGCUGCUGCAGCCCUGGCCAAGUGACAAUGAAGGACGGGCAUAUUGUUCGCGUGCACUCGUUAAUAUGGGACUAACGUUAUUAAUGUUAAUAAA